AUCCGCAUCGUCGUCACCGUUAAAGCUCACCUGGUCACGCCGCCCACCUGAUCAUCCCGUGCCCCGGUAACCGACGGCUAUUUACUUCGGACCCAAGGAGGGCACAUCGCAGGUCGAAGAUGGACCUCUCCUCGCUCGAUGUGAGCCGCCCUAACGUCGGCAGACUUCCUCCCUUGGGGAUCGUCUCGAGGAUCUACCUCCUUAUCCAGGCCAUCCUUUCCUGGCUCUUUGCACCUCUGCCUCCCUCCCAACAUGCCGACCAAAAGCCGCUGGGACACGUCGCCGUCGUCGGCACGGGCAUCACCGGCAUCUCCACGGCUUCCCAUCUGCUCGGCCACGGGUUCGAGGUGACCAUCUUCACUGAGGACGCCGACGAGUCGCACAUAGGUGGCAUCUGGUCCCGCGUCAACUCGACAUCGGGUCUGCAGAUCUCGAGCAUCAUGUACCGCUUCCACCCAAGCGUCAAGUACUCGACCGGCUACCCAAAGCGCGACGAGAUCCUCGCCAAUGUGCGCGCUAUCUGGGACAAGUACGACCUCCAGCGCCGCACGCGCUUUGGCACCACAGUGAAGCAGGUGACGCGCCACGAGCCGAGCUCGACAGACCCCAAGGACGGCGGGCACGCGCGCUGGAUCGUCAACGGAGAUGAAUCGGUUGUCUUUGACGGGAUCGUCGCUGCGACGGGCACAUGCGGCACACCCAAGAAGAUGGACAUGGAAGGGCAGGAGAACUUCCAGGGCCAGAUCGUCCACUCGUCGCAGUUGGACGACGUCGAGCUGCACGACAAGAAGGUCAUCAUCAUCGGCGGUGGCGCAAGUGGCGUCGAGGCUCUCGAGCUCGCCAUCGAGAAGAACGCUAAGACGGCUACUAUCCUCGCGCGCAGCGACAAAUGGAUCAUCCCGCGUACGAUGCUCGUCGACCUCGUGUUGAGCUUGCAGCCGCUGGGGCGCGAGACGUUCCUGAGCAUCAUCCCCGAGUUCCUUCUGCGCAGGCUGCACUACCGCGACCUGGCGGAGAAGAUGUCACCGACGCAGGGCUUCUACACCGGCACGCCGAUUGUCAACUCGUCCUGCUUCGAGCACAUCCGCCGCGGCAGGGCCGACUACAUCCGCGGCGACGUCCAGCGCGCGACACAGCGCGGAGUCUCGUUCAACUUGCGCCCGCGUGGUUCCCGGCCGGGCGACAAAGGCACGCACAUCGACAUGGACGCUGACGUCAUCGUCAUUGCGACCGGCUUCAACAAGCCCACGCUCGACUUUCUCCCCGCCGACCUAUUCCCGGAGGACUACGUGCGCCCGAACAUGUACCUCCAAAACUUCCCCGUCAAUGACUGCUCUGUCCUGUGCACUAACGCCACGUUCAAGGACGCCGUAGGUACCGUCGGCAACUGGCACAUUGGCAUAUACGCGCGCAUCUUCAUGGUCUUCCUCAUGGACCCCAACUGCCGGCCCAAGCCGAAAGACAUGCGGCUGUGGGUUGACCUGGUUCGCUUCAUCAAGGAGAACGCGCCUGGAGGCGGGUUGGAAUUCUUUACCUACGCAGAGCUGGUGCUAUGGAUGGUCACAUUCCUCUUCUUUCGUCUUUCCCGUGUGCGCUACGCCUUCUUCGUCAUCCUCGGUCUCGGCUUCUGGUCGCGCAACAAGCGUGCUGCGCAGCAACCAAAAUUUCACCUUUCCAUCUCCAAGCUCAUUCCGCACUUUCCCCGAAAAAUCAACGUGCUCAAGGCGCUCGGCGGACCGGCGCGCAGCAACGCGCAUGCCCCCAAGACCAACGGCGUCAAGGCUGACUGAGGGCCCCCUUUGCCUAUGUAGAUAUCAUCAUAGCCCUGCUCGGACCCUCCAGCGCCAGCAGCAGCUGCGUUCGUGUAUUGCUUCGUUUUGUGCGUUUUCCUCUUUGCAAUUAGGGCCUGUCUACCGCCUUUCAAGGCAGGGUGCAUACAUACGACUUCUCUUCGAACUGCAAGGCCUUCAGGGUAUCGAAGCAUUCGGCUCACAUUUUUGGCGGCUUGCCGGCUGCACAUUCGUUGCGUUCCUCCGCUGCUCUAGCGAUGUACAUUUAAGAGUAUUGGUUCGAUCGGAUUCGUAGAGGAACAGGUUCCU